AUGUCUGUUCAAACCUCGACUUCGGGCGGUGGAGGCGGCGGAAGCGGCGGCGACGACCCUGGCCGUCGUGGUGGCAACCGAAAGUUGCCUUCUGAUCUACCCGACUGGUUUCAACGAAUGAGAGAAGCAUCACCGGAAUCUCAAGCGGAGUAUGAAGCCAGGCGCAAAGCGGAAACAUGGGUGAGGGAGUCCGAAGGGAAAGACGAGGACAACGACUACGUUCACGGCUCUAAGAAGCCGUACGACGAGACAAACACCGGCAGCAAGGCUAGUGAUGGGGAAAGCCCUUCCACCUCCACUCACGCCUGGAAAAGAAGCACAGGCGCAGCUAGCGACAAGAAAAGUCCUGCUCCCUCCGCCGAUGAGGGGACAAGCAGCACUGCCGAGACCGGUCGCUCGAAGAACCUUUUUUCCUCAAAGAAUGUAGGCACCGCUGAGAAGAGUGGCUGA